AUGCGUCGAUUUCGCGUGAGAUAUGAUCGAUGGCUUCGUGACUCUCCGUUGCUGACGAAAGGCGUGACCUCGGCCAUUCUCUUCGGUCUCGGAGACAGAAUCGCGCAACGGAUCGACACGAACUCCGCCGAUACAGACGACCGUCGCGGACUCGAGCAGACGGCGCGUAUGAUGCUUUGGGGUGGAGUUUUGUUCGCCCCUAUCGGCCACGUGUGGUACAAUUGUCUGGAGAAGGCGGUUCGUGGCAAGGGAACGGCUGCGGUCGCUAAGAAGAUCGCGGCGGAUCAACUCAUCUUCUCCCCACCACUAUCAUUAACAUUCUUCACGUACGCUGGAGUUUCUGACGGUAAGCCUUUGCGUGAAACAGUGGAGAGUGCAGUAGCUAAAUUGCCGCCGACACUCGCUGUGAAUUGGACCGUGUGGCCGCUGGUGCACGUGUGCACCUUUGGCUUUGUGCCGUUACAGUACCGGAUUUUGUUUAUCAACGCGGUGAAUAUCGGUUGGUCAGCCUUCCUGUCCCGAAUGGCAACCAACGAUGAUGGUCAGGUCUCAAAUGCUCCCAAAAUCGAAGACUUCCUCGUGCAGCAGAUGGAGGAGUCGGAGGAAGCAGCACGAGCUUAA